AUGCAGACAAAUGAGUCAGCAAGUAGAUCAUCAUUAUCUUCGAUGAUUGGUGAAAAUCAUGAAAUAUUUAGUUUAGUUUGGCUUGAUAUUUCACCAUCAGAUGAUACACAUGAUAGUAUUGAUGUACAACAGCAACUUCGAUCCAUUAUUAAUCAUUUAAUAAUUUUUCAAGAUACUGAAGAAUGUGAACAAUAUAUUACAUCGGCAUCUAAAGAGGACCGAUUAGUAUUUAUUAUUAAUGAAAAAUAUGCUUUAAAAAUGAUUAAAAAUAUAUACGAUAUCCGGCAAAUUAUUUCAUUUUAUAUUCAUUCAACAGAUGAUAAUCAAGAUUAUCAAUGGACUUCUCAAUAUAAAAAGAUUAAAUCAAUCAAAAGUGAUAUUAAUGAAUUAAUUUCUAACAUAAAAGUUGACCAUGCAAAACAAAGGAAACUCGAAGAACCGAUACCAAUCAAUGUAUUUGAUGCAAAUCAAUCGAUAGACCGGUUGGUAUCGAAUGCUAAUACAGAAUUUCUUCAUUCACAAUUGUUAAUUCAUUUUUUACUGCAUAUUGAAUUAACCAAUGAACAAAUAACGGAAAAUAAAAAAGAACUAAUGGAAUUAUGCAAAAGAAUAUAUCAUGAUAAUUCGAAUCAACUGAAAAUUUUAAAUGAAUUCGAACAUAAUUAUGUAUCAUCAAAUGCAUUAUGGUGGUAUACAUUCGAUUCAUUUUUAUAUCAACUAUUAAAUAAAUCAUUGAAUUCAAUAAACAUUGAUUUACUCUAUUUAUUACAAUUUUUUAUUUGUGAACUUACGCAACAAUUAGAAAAAGAUCAAUCGUCAUCUAUAGUUCGUGUCUAUCGUGGUUAUGUAUUAUCUAAUGAUGAAUUAGAAUUAUUUAAAGAAUCAACUGGAAAAUAUAUAUCAAUAAAUACAUUUUUUUCAGCAUAUAUUCGUCGUAAUGAUGCGCUUGAUUAUUUAAAUAACUAUGAACACGAUAUUAAUCAUGCAAAAAAGGUUCUAUUUAAAAUUGAUAUUGAUCCACGUUUAUUGCAUAUAAAACCAUUGGCGAAUAUAACAAUACAUAGUCAAGCAACGCACGAAGAAGUUUUAUUUUCAUUAGGCAGUAUAUUUCGUGUUAAUGAUAUACACCGAGGAAAAAAUGAACCCUACGUUGUAACUUUAAUAUUAUGUAGCGAUGAUACUCAUCAAUUAAAGCCUGUCUUUGAUUAUAUUAAACAUCAGUUUGAUGAAAAUAGUAUAAAUCUUCUAUCAUUUGGCAAUGCAUUAAAACGAACAGGAAAAUUAGAUGAAGCGGAAAAAUGUUAUCAGCGCUUGCUUCAUGAUUCGACGUAUAAUAAAAUUUUCAUAAGUCGUUCCUAUCAUCAUUUAGGUCGUAUAGCUGAAAGAAAAGGCGACUAUGAUGCAAGUCUUGAAUGUUUAUACAAAUCAUUAGAAGUUAAAUUAGAGAUUAUGAAACCAAAUGAUCCAAGCAUUGCACAAAGUUAUAAUUGUAUUGGCAUUGCCUAUCAACAACAAGGCAAUCUUGAAAAAGCACUUGACGCAUUUAAUAAAGCGUUAACGAUUUGGAGACGUGCAUAUGGAAAAAAUCAUCCGAAUGUAGCUGGAUGCUAUAAUAAUAUGGGAGUAGUUUAUAAACGAGCAAAAAGAUAUGUUGAAGCUCUUGAAUCUUUUCACAAAGCAUUGGAUAUACGUGAAAGACAUCCUUCGACUAGUUCUCAUGAUUUAGCUGGAUCACAUAAUAAUAUUGGUGCUGUUUAUGAACGUCUUGGCCAUCAUGAUCUUGCCAUUGAACAUUAUAGUUUAUCUCUUAAAAUGAAAUCUAAAUCUCUUCCAACACAACAUCCAUCCAUAGCAUCGACAUUAGAAAAUAUGGGCUAUGUGUACGAAAAUACAGGUGCAAAUUUACAAGCAUUGUCAUAUCUUGAAAGAGCAGCUAUGAUAUAUCGGCAUUCGCUACCACCUACACAUCAUGAUGUCAUGCAGAUUGAAGAAAGUAUUCAACGUGUGUCAUUGAAACUGUACUGA